AUGCAGUCCAUGUUUCGCCUCCCAUGGUGUAACGAGUCGCCCGGCGACAAGAUCAUGGAGAAGUCGACGCUGCACAAGUCAAGACCGCUACCCGUCGUUGAAAUGCCAAACUUCAUGAACAAGAUCAAGCGGAAACAGACUGACAGCCCUGAACCCGCCUCGGCCCAGCACGCGCAUGUAGUGAAGAAGUGGAAGGGCGCUCAGGGCGAAGUAAAGCCAAGUGCAGUCAACGCAAAUGCAAACCUCGCCACUGACAACUCACGUGUUGCCGAUGCGCCCAAGACUGCUUCUGCCCAAAUUCUAGAUGCCCGACCCAAGGCGCAACCGAGGAAAGAGAGCAAGAGCAAGUCUUCAAAGCCUCAGCAAUCUGCUGUCAAAUCCGACCCCACUGCUGUCGUCACGCCAUCAACUACCCUCGGCUCUGGCAUGACUGCUGUGCAACAGACGAUCGAGGCGCAAAUCAACUACGACAUCUUGCUCAAGCACAACGAGCUGCGUUUGAUCGAGCAAGAACUAGCCAAGUGUCAAUGUGCGCUCGAGCAACUUAGGCGAUGCUCCCUCAUUCCCUACCCCGGUACCGAGGGUCUAAAUGAGAAUCUUAGUCGGGGCACUGGACCCUCUCUGCAGCCAAACGCUGGUUACACAGAACCCCAAUAUGCUGCGCCUUGGGGAGUCACCGAUGGCCCCUACACUCGUCACUAUGCAAAAUGGCUCAUCUCUGACGCAAAGUUUGACCCUGUCCCUGAACGUGCCUUCGCUCAGCAAGCUCAUGGUUACUUUGGCAAUGGUGAAGGCAGAACGACGCGCGGCAGCUUUGCUGACUACGGCUCAGCUCACAGAGGCCGCACGUCGCGGACUUCGACUGGAAUGUUGAAGCUCCCGCCUCUUGGUGAAACUCCAGCACCAGCACCAAAGGUUGACCCGCUAUUGCACAAGAGAUCCACCGAUGGUCAGUGGGUGCGCUUGUACUGUGCUCAGUGUGGCCACAGCAACUUCUCCAAUACUCAGGGUUUCUUGAACCACUGCAGAAUCAAGCACACGCAGGUCUUCAAGAGUCACGACGCGGCUGCCAUUGCAUGUGGUGUUCCUGUAGAUGUCAACGAGGUCGGAAAUCCUGUCCCUGCAACUGAACCAGUCAGUACUCCAGCUGUGGCGCCGACAGUAUCUUUCCCAGUACCAUCUACUCCUGGUAUCGUCCACCCCCUGGCAGCCCAGCAAGCACCAGCUCCCCAUGCUCGGCCAGUACAUCGUGACCUGAACACUUCGCGUAAAGAUCCCAAGCCAGCCAGCCCAUCCAGCUUUGCCAAGUCAUCAUCGACUCCGUACUUGGCUGCCCAUCUGCAAAACAGCGGCUUCCAAGGUGACUUGAAAGAGCUCGUGGAUACCGCUCGGGCCAAGAUCGACCUGGAUGCACUGGACCCUUCAGAUGACGACUGUGCGGACGCCAGCGCUGCUCCUACACCGACUACCACCGUACCACCCCAUCUAGCCCGUCUUCCCGCCGGCGGGCCUGCAAGCAAAACUCCAUCAGCGCGAUCAGGAGGCAAGAAGGGUAGCCACCCAAGCCAUGCGCGCCUCCCGUUGUCGUUCCCAUCUCCUGCCAAGACUGAUGGCGAUCAUCACAUGCCGGACUCCCCGGUAGAUCUCAGUCCUAACGCAGUCGAGUCCAACCCCGGUCUUGUCAGCGAUCACGAUGACGACGACGAUGAUGAUGCCGACGAUGCACACAGCCAACCCGACAUUGCGUUGGGUGGUGAUGACGUCAUUGUCGAAGAUGCGAGCGAUGUCGAAGGUGCACAAGAACGUAACGGUUCUCGCAAAACUUUGCACGGAUGCUUCCCGCAAGGAGAGGCAAGUCGGAAACACUGA